AUGAUUAUGGAUUCUUCGUUGCUAGAAUGGACAAAACUAGGAGAAGAGGGGUCCACUGAAAAUGAAAAUGAAUGGAAAGAUCGAAAAGUUGGAAGAAGAAAGAAUUUUUCGGUUCGACGCAUGAAAUUAGCUAAGCAUUUUAUCAGAAAAAAUAUAGAACCAGAAUGGAUGGUAUCAUGUAUCUUACCAGUGCUUCCUCCCGAAUUGAGACCAAUUAUUCAAAUAGAUAGCGGUAAACUAAUGAGUUCAGAUAUUAAUGAACUCGAUAGAAGAGUUAUCUAUCAGAACAAUACUCUUAUUGGUCUAUUAACAACAAGUAGAUCUACACCAGAGGAAUUAGUAACGUGUCAAGAAAAAUUGGUACAAGAAGUUGUGGAUACACUUCUUGAUAAUGGAAUUCGUAGACAACCAAUGAGGGAUGGUAAUAAUAAAGUUUACAAAUCAUUUUCCGAUAUAAUUGAGGGAGUUGCUAAGAGUAAAAUUCGGGAAAAAGAACCCAUUGUAUGGGAAAUACUUCAAGAAGUUAUGCGGGGGCAUCCAGUAUUGCUGAAUAGAGCUCCUAAUUUGCAUAGAUUAGGCGUACAUGAAUUUCAACCCAUUUUAGUCGAGGGACGUGCUAUUUAUUUACAUCCAUUGGUGUGGAAGGGAUUCGAUGGAGACUUUGAUGGGGAUCAAAUGGCUGUUCAUGUGCCUUUAUCUUUGGAGGCUCAAGCAGAAGCUCAUUUACUUAUAUUUUCUCAUACGAAUCUCUUGUCUCCGGCUAUUGGGGAUCCCAUUAUCGUACCAACUCAAGAUAUGCUUAUUGGACUUUACGUAUUAACUAGCGGAAACUGUCGAGGUAUUUGUGCAAACAAGUAUAAUUCGUUUAAUUCCCAAAAUUCUCAAAAUGAAAAAAUUAGCAAUAAUAACUUGAAGUAUAUGAAAAAAAAGAACCCCUUUUUUUGCAAUUCCUAUGAUGCAAUUGGAGCUUAUAGACAUAAAAGAAUAAAUUUUGAUAGUCCUUUUUGGCUCCGAUGGCGAAUAGAUCAAUGCAUUAUGUCUUCAAUAGAAGUUCCUAUCGAAGUUCACUAUGAAUAUUUUGGUACCUAUUAUGAGAUUUAUGGGGAUUAUUUAGUAAUAAGAAGUAUAAAAAAAGGAAUUUGUUGUAUAUACAUUCGAAUCACUAUUGGUCAUAUUUCUUUUUAUCGAGAAAUCGAAGAAGCUAUACAAGGUUUUUCUCGAGCCUAUUCAUAUGGUAUCUAA